GACGCGGCUGGUAGGAAAAGGCGUAGCUAGUAAACAUCACAGAAAGCCGAAAACACACAGCGGACAUUAGAGCCUAACAAACACCGACUCUUUAAACAUCAUACCCGGUUCACACAGAGCCUGUCGGUGUCCCUCCGUUCUGCUGUAACCGUCGGUGGUUGUCACAGCAACUGUCAGCGUCCCCAAGAAAAAAGACAGUUGGGGCGUUAGCAUAGCAGCCUAGCAUAGCAACCUAGCCUUAGCAACAGCAGCUAGCAUUAGCAUCAGACGAUUACAAAGAUGAUAGCGCUAAUCAACAAACUGCUGGACUGGUUCAAGGCGCUCUUCUGGAAAGAGGAGAUGGAGCUGACCCUGGUAGGGCUGCAGUACUCCGGGAAAACGACCUUCGUCAAUGUGAUAGCGUCGGGCCAGUUCAGUGAAGACAUGAUUCCUACAGUUGGAUUCAACAUGAGGAAGAUCACAAAGGGCAACGUCACAAUCAAGCUGUGGGAUAUCGGCGGCCAGCCUCGGUUCAGGAGCAUGUGGGAGCGUUACUGUCGAGGAGUCAGCGCCAUCGUCUACAUGGUGGACGCAGCAGACCCCGAGAAGAUCGAAGCCUCAAAGAACGAGCUCCACAACCUGCUGGACAAACCGCAGCUGCAGGGAAUUCCUGUGUUGGUUCUGGGCAAUAAGAGGGACCUACCAGGAGCUCUGGAUGAGAAGGAGCUCAUAGAGAGGAUGAACCUGUCGGCCAUCCAGGACAGAGAGAUCUGCUGCUACUCCAUCUCCUGCAAGGAGAAAGACAACAUCGACAUCACUCUUCAGUGGUUGAUCCAACACUCCCGGACUAAGAGGAGUUCCUGAGAACACACACGCCCCCCCAACAGAACAGGCCACGCCCACCUGUCCUAACACACACACACACACACACUUGCUCUUUGAUCAAACCCCCCCUCACCCCCCCCAUCCAUCAUUGUAUUUAUACCUCCUCACCCCUCGAUACUCCUAUGGAUGCACUGAUAGCUCAUUUUAGUUUUUUUUAUUAAAGUAUUGAACAUAAUAUAUAACUCGGAAGCAGGUAGAUCGUGUCAGAAACCGGAUCACCUGUUUUCUGAUUUAAUCAAACCUAAUCAUGUCAGGGUUUAAAAUCAUUAAUUACCGUACAAUGUUCUGGGAUUUCUCGCCAUAAAUGAAAUGCGAUUUUGAACACAACUCUCCCAGAACUGAUCGUAAUUAGUUAGAAAUGUAUAUAUUCAUCCUAAUAAUCUGAUAUUUUUCUUUAUCAUCAUCAAAUCAUGUGAUAGAAGGACAACUUUCCGUCUUCAAAGUUGGAUAUCCUAAAGGUGGAAAAUGCUCAUACAGAGUCUCAGAGGGGAAAUCCCUGACAUGCUGCCUCUGUGGUUUGACAGUUAAUUUGAAGCACUAAUGACUUAAUAAGCUCAUUUCCUUCAACAAAACAAUAGUCCUCUGUACUAAAGCACAUUCAAAUACCAGCAGGUUAUUUUUUUUAAACUCUCAAAAAAUAUUGUGAUUUCUGACAUUCAACCCUAGUCACUGAUGCUUCUUCGCAAAGGUGUUUUAAAUCUAAUACAACAUAUAUAUACGUCUUUAUUUAUACAAUAGUAUAAGUGUCAUUUCACCCAAAUUACAGAACACAAACCUUAGUUAUAGGGAAUAUUUCUCCGCUUGAAAAUAAUCCCUGAAAAAUCUAAACAGUCGACAGUAAGGUCUGUAGAUUAGCCAAAAACAUCAACAAGAAUCCACAGAGAAAAUACCUUUUUUUGUAAAUUGGGUGAAAUUACUUUGACUGUUUAACACUAGCAAACUAAAACGUGGUAUGAGUGCAUCUGAACAGAUCUCCACAACAGCCUCCGUGAUAAAACAUGUAUUUAUAAAUUGGUUUGGAUCCUAAAGAAACAUCUUAGUAUAUAAACAUCGGCCAUUUUGACUUUUACUCACAAACAUAAGCUGUUAAAAAGGGCACUUGCUUACAUACACACAUUAGCAUUAUUAGCUGGAGCCUGUUGUGUGGGUCUUCCUCCACUUUUCCCAUGAUCCUCCUCUCCAUUCCCUCCCCCACCUUUAUCAACAGUAACCACACAUCUGCCUUCAUCAUUUCCUCCCUCCUCUGUUGAUUUCCUUGCCUCCUUUCCUCCUUCCUCUCUACCUCCACAUCCAUCCAUCCAUCCACACCUCCAUUAUUUCACAUUUAUAUAAUCCUGAGAAGCCCCUCUUCCUCUCGCCUGUUGUAAACUGCUUGUCCUCCUCUGUGUUCCCUCUAUCCUUCCUUCCUUCCUUCCUUUUGGAUGUUACCUCCUUUCCUUGUCGCCAAGUCCCGCCCCUUUCACCGCCACUCUUGCUCUCCCGCCGAGCGAGGGAUUAAAAACCUUUUUAUUGCACUGUUGAUUUCGGUUUUGUAAGAUAUUAAUAAUGAGAAUAAUGUUAAUAAUCUUCUUAUUGUGACAUAACCUGGUCUGUCCAGAAAGUAAUGAAGUGGUACUCUAACAGGAGAAGGAGAAAUGUCGUUUUGUUUCUGUUCAUAUCUCUGUAAUAAGCUUUUUAUUUCUUAUUGUUUUAUAUUGUUAUUAUUUUGUAUUGUUUUUUUUUUUGACUUCACAAGUCAGUGUUUUCUGCUCUGAGACGUCUGCUGAUUGGACCUGGGGUGUCAUGUGAUCAAAUGCAACGUACACACAUCAUGUCGGAUUAAAUGGAGCGAUGUAAUUAAUUAAGCGUUAUAACUCCCACAUAUUAAAUGUUUAUUUUAAAAUCGA